AUGGAUAUAAAAUAUGAAGUUAAAACAUCUGAUAAAUUGGGCAGGUAUCUUGUGGCAGCAAAAGAUAUAAGAGCCGGGGAAAGAAUACUUGCAGAACAACCAUUUGUUCUCGGACCAAGCAGCGACACAUCACUGGUGUGUUUUAACUGCUAUCUGCCUUUAAUCAAUAAGUUUUUCGUUUGCAAGUUUUGUGCGGUCGCCCCUAUAUGCCCUGGAGAUGGGUGUCCUGAAGGAAUUGCUAAAUGGCAUGUUCAGAAGGAAUGCGAGUUCUUCAGAGAACUGAAAUUAAAUUUAAAUAUGAGCCCGAUAAAAAUGGUGCAAAAUGUGGGUUCUUUAUUAACACUACGAGCAUUAUUACAAAGAGACAACAAAUCAUGGGAUGAUUUUAUGAAGCUAGAAACUCAUCUAGACCAGCGAAGGAACAGCAGUGUAUGGGAAUAUUAUCAAACUACCGUCAAUUUUGUUAGCGAGUUGAAACUUCUUAAUGACGAUGAUGACAAGAAUUUGGUACAGAAAGUGUGUGCAGCGAUUGACGUUAACAGUUUUGAAGUACGUGGUCCUCCGAUCCCAGCUCUAGGAUAUGCGGAGACACUCAGAGGGGUGUACCUCCAGGCAGCACUCAUGGCCCAUCAUUGUACAGGGAAUACAAUAAUCUCAAUUAACGAUAAUAAUGCUUUAAUGUGUCAUUCAAGUAAAGAUAUUAAGAAGGGGGAGAUUAUCUAUUAUAACUAUACGGAUCCGCUAAAGGGCACUGCAUUACGCCAAGAACACUUACUAAUGGGCAAAUAUUUUCAAUGCACUUGUGAACGGUGUUUGGAUGCAACGGAGCUUGGCACACACAUGAGCUCCGCCUUAUGUCCUGCUUGUAAGACUGGCUUCAUUACAAAGGCUGGCGAAAAGUGGCAGUGCCAUCACUGUAAGGAAGAAACCGACGAUUCAGUUAUAGGAUUUAAAGUCAAGUGCUGUGAGAAUAAACUUGAUGUUAUAAAUAAAAAGGACGAAAAAGAACUUGAAGAGUAUAUAAGGAACGUAUCCUUAGUGCUGGCUCCUAACCAUUAUCUGCUGAUAGACGCAAAACAACGACUUGCUGGUGUUCUAAGGGAUGCGAUUAAUAGAGAGCCGAGACCCACAAAGAAAAUGAUGCGUCGCAAACUGAAUUUAUGUGAGGAAUUACUACCAAUGCUUGAAGUUCUGAGUCCUGGUAUAAGCAGAACGAAAGCGAUCACUAUGUAUGAGCUGCAUUUGGCAAUAGUCCAAUUAGCCAAAAAAGAAUUUGACAGCCGUGAGAUUACUGGCCCUGAAUAUUUAGACGAGCUUCUUAACGCUGAGAAACAUCUAAAGCGAUCGAUUGAAAUGUUAUUAAUUGAACCUGGGAACUCGCCUGAAGGAGAGCUUUGCGCAAAGGCUUUAGAACAAUACAGGAUGUUAAAGGGAACCAUGGCGACCAUAUUAGAUGGUAUUCAUGAAGAAGGAAAAGUUUAUGUGACUGAAAUUGAUGAAGAGAGGUUAAAUGACGUAGAUUAA